AUGUAUCAUCCACCCAGAGGCGGAGUUCGAGGUGGUAGGACAAGUAUAGAGAAAAUUAUCUUGGCCAUUCAGUUUUUGCACCAGUGGGAAGGAAAAGAUCUUAACUGGUAUUCUAAAGAAGGAGAACAAACCCAGGCUCAAAAAGAUGAACUUAGAGCAAUAAAAGAAGCCGAGGCAGAUAAGGUUGCUACAGGAAAUGUCACUCAGCAGGAGCUUAGUAAUGUGUUAAAAAGAGAACAAGAUGAUGAUGAGGAAGAUAAUGAAAAUAUCAAGGAAGCCACUAUGGAUGCAGCUAAGGGUUUAGGAUUUAAAAGUUCUGGCCGAAUUUUGAUAAAUGAAAUGAUUCCAGGUGAAUCUGAGGCAAUAGUAGAAGAAUUUUUAAUAAAAAAGGAUGAUUCAAGACAACAUACAAAUGAACAUAAUUCAGUAAUAAUGUCCGAAAAUUUAUCAGAAGAUCAUUCAAAUAAUAAAGAUAAGCAUCGGAAACAUAAGGAGCAUAAAGAAUAUAAAAAAAACAAAGUUUCUCAGCAAGAAGUUGAAUUAAGUGAUUUAUCAAAUAGAGAUCAUAAACGGCAUUCAUCAAGACAUCAUUUUUCUGAUAAAGAUAUUAAAAACGUAUAA